UAUAAAACUCUGUAUUUCGCUUAGAGUGCCAGAACUGCUACGCCUUUGCAUAAUAGGAUUUUCUUAAAAUGAAGCUAUUGCAUAAGUUUAUUGUAUUUGCAAUAUGUUUCACUUAUCCCGCACUCGGUGAAAGUAUGAACAUGACACUAUUGAGGACGAAUUCUCGUAUUUUCGAGAACGAAAUUAAACAAGGCAUCGAAUGCCUAAAACAAAUAAUUAAAGAAGGAAUUAGUGGAGUCUCCUUGGAUCCGUUUCGAUGGCCAAUGUUUCCAUUAGACAUACACAAUGAUGUUAUAAGUUCUAAUUUGCUUCUGUCCAAUAUCCUCUUUGACGGGCUGUCAGGAUUUGUAGCGGACCCAGCGAGUUUGAACGUUAUUAUUUGGGGUGGAGCUAAACUAUCGGCUAAGUUUGGAUUGACCUUCGACUCACUAAAUCUCGGUACAAACUACGACGGUUCGUUGAAGUUGAUGCAAAUGAUUAAUCUUUUCGGAACAGGAAAGUUCAAAUUGUUGCUGAAACAAUUGCAACUAGGGCUUGAGUUUGAAAUUGGAAUAAAUCCAAUCAAAAUAUCACAGUUUGAGGCAAAAAUUGGGCUGCCAUCCACACAGUGUGAAGUUACCGGCUUAUUCCACGAUGAAUACUUGAGCAAGAUUAUUACUGGGCAAAUGGAAGACACGCUUAAUUCGCUUGCCAUCGAACAACAAUCUGCUCUUAAUACCCUUAUCAAUGAGAAGCUUGCACCCAUCAUUGAAAUGAUAAAUAAAAGCUUGGCAAAUUUAUCUCUUCAAGAUGUUAUAAAUUUAGUAACAGGUAAUGGUAGUAAAGGUGACAGUCCUAAAGAUUGCAAAUUGGCAUUUUUUAAAGGGUUUAGUUUUCUAAAUGAACAAUUUCCUGGUACCUUUGAUCACUAUUAUAAAUGGGUACAAUAA